AUACAAUUUCGUCGUACAUUUUGGCAGUUGGGCUUUCUGUUUUACUAUCUCUACUACAAGGUAGGAGAGAGCUCAACUGCAAGAUCACUCCACUUCAUCCAAAAAUGUCCACCACCACCGCCACCUCCAUUCUCCUCUUCCUCUUCUCCCUCCUCCUCACCACCCACUCCAAACCCAUCCCCCACCUCACCUCCCCCUACCUCUCCCCCGCCACCAUCUCCGCCAACUACGACUCCAUGGUCAAGAACUUCAAAAUCUUCAUCUACAAGCCAAAUCCUCACUUCACUUACGACUCCCCCGUCCAGUCUCUCUUCUACACCGCCCUCCUCGACAGCGACCUCGCCACCAACAACACCGACGAAGCCCACCUCUUCUUCCUCCCCUUCCCGCCAGAUCUCCCCACGCGCUCCAUCGCGCGUCUCAUCCGCACCAUCCGCACCGACCUCCCUUACUGGAACCGCACGCUCGGUGCUGACCACUUCUACCUCUCCUGCUCCGGCGUCGGGUACGAGUCCGACCGGGGCCUCGUCGAGCUGAAGAAGAACUCGAUCCAGAUCUCCUGCUUCCCGACCCCGCCGGGACAGCUCAUCCCUCACAAGGACAUCACUCUCCCCCCGCUCGCGUCCCCCCACGCGCCGACCACCAACACGACGACGUUUCUGGGCUACGUCAGGUCGAAUUGGGUGAAUGAUUCCGCCAUAGUCAAGGGGUUACGCACCAACCCGGAGUUCCUGAUCGAAUCGGAGCCGUCGACGCCGCAGAUCUAUGCACAGAGGCUCUCCAGCAGCAAGUUCUGUAUCUUCGAGUACGGCGACGGCGACUUGUCCGGGAUCGGAGAGGCUCUGCGGUUCGGGUGCGUCCCCGUGGUGAUUACGGACCGUCCGAUCCAGGACCUGCCGUUCAUGGACGUGCUGAGGUGGCAGGAGAUGGCGCUGUUCGUGGGGAGGAGAGGUGGGGCCAAGGAGUUGGAGCGCGUGUUGGUACGCGCGUGCUGGGAGAGGCACGACCAGAUGAGGCGGUUGGGGACGGCGGCGGGUCAGCAUUUGGUGUGGAACGUGCCGCCGCGGGCUUUGGAUGCGUUUCAUACUUUGGUUUAUCAGCUGUGGUUGCGACGCCACACGAUUCGAUACGUCCGGCGGGAGACGGCGUAGGCUGGUUUGUAAUGUAAAUGGGCCUCGUUCGUUGUAAGAAGACAGUGAUGGGCUUACUAUAGGCCCGGUGGUGCCGAUGGGAUGGGCAGAGACCCUUGGAAUGUAGGGAGGGAUAUUGAAGUUUUUGUGUUUAUAUUUAUAAUUUUGGGAUUUUUUGUUUUGUGGAGAAAAGAAAUUACUCAUUGAUAAUAGCCAAGAUGUUACAGGGAUAUUGAAGUUUUUGUGUUUAUAUUUAUAAUUUUGG